AUGGGCGAGUUGACUCAGGCGGAGGUGUACUCGCCGAGGACUCAGCAAGUCUGGAGAGCACUGUUGAGUUGGUUGGCCUUCUUCUUUCAGAUCUUCUUUCAGAUUAUAAGAGCCUUAGGUCACUACCCUCUACUCUCUUUCUCUUCUUCUUCCUCUUCCGCCUCUUCAUCUUCCACUUCCUUCAAGCCUCUUCCCUCUGUUGAGCUUGUCGAGCACGAUUCCCCUCCUCCCUCCGCUCUUGAAAUCACAGCCGUCGAUUAUUCACCCGCCGAUCGUCCCAUCCAAAAACUCACGGUGGUGCUGGACUUAGAUGAAACACUGGUAUGUGCAUACGAGACAUCAAGUUUACCAGCUGCUCUAAGGACUCAAGCAAUCGAAGGUGGUUUGAAUUGGUUUGAGCUGGAAUGUGUAUCGAUAGACAAGGAAGGAGAGAGCAAACCAAAAAUCAAUUAUGUCACAGUAUUUGAACGCCCUGGGUUGAAGGAAUUCUUAAAGAAACUGAGUGAGUUUGCUGACUUGGUGCUGUUUACUGCUGGUCUUGAAGGCUAUGCUAGACCCCUUGUUGACAGAAUAGACGUGGAAAAUCGAUUCAGUCUGCGACUGUAUCGGCCCUCAACAAUUAGCACGGAAUAUCGGGAACAUGUCAAAGAUCUCAGCUGCAUCUCAAAGGAUCUUUGCCGCAUUGUAAUUGUAGACAAUAAUCCUUUCAGCUUUGUACUGCAACCAGUGAAUGGAAUUCCGUGCAUUCCUUUUUCCGCUGGGCAACCACAUGACACCCAGCUUCUAGAUGUCAUUCUUCCACUUCUCAAGCAACUUUCUGAGCAGAAUGACGUAAGACCUUUGCUCUAUGAAAAGUUCCACAUGCCUGAUUGGUUCCAGAAACAAGGGAUUCCUGCUUCUUGUUGGACUUUGAUGCAUAUAAAGUCAAUAUACUAUACACUGACAAGCAUGGGAUUUUAUUAUCUCUUGGUCGAGUUGGGAGAAAAUUUGUUGGUGUUAGGUCGGUAUGAUUGGCCUGAGUGA